AUGGUCGAGCCAACAUGGGAAGAGCUUCUUGGCCAAGACAAUUGGCAAAACCUAUUGGAACCACUUGACCACUCACUUCGCCGGCUCAUCCUUCGAGCCGGCGACUUUUGUCAAGCCACUUACGACACUUUCAUCAACGACCAAAACUCCACCUACUGUGGAGCCAGCCGUUACGGCAAACCAUCGUUCUUCCACAAAGUCAUGCUCGACGAUGCGAGACAUUACAACGUCGUUUCAUUCCUUUACGCCACGGCUCGUGUCAGCGACCACGAAGCCUUCUUCCUAAACUCCAUGUCAAGAGAAUCUUGGGACCGUGAGACUAACUGGAUCGGUUACAUCGCGGUCACGUCUGAUGAACGGACGGCUGAGAUUGGGAGGAGAGAGAUCUAUGUGGUGUUUCGUGGGACGACGAGGAAUUACGAGUGGGUUAAUGUGAUGGGAGCGAAGUUGACUCCGGUGAAGGAACUGUUGAUGGACGGUGGAGAUGGUCCUGAGGUUAUGCUUGGAUGGUUCACUAUUUAUACUACGGCUAAUCCAAACUCACCCUUCACCAAGAUGAGUGCACGCUCGCAGCUUCUCACCAAGAUAAAAGAACUGCUAGAGAUAUACAAGGACGAGAAACCUAGCAUAGUGCUCACUGGACACAGCCUUGGUGCAACUAUCGCGACUCUCGCAGCAUUCGACAUGGCGGAAAACGUUACAAACGGCUACACUGACGUGCCGCCGGUGACGGCGAUUGUGAUUGGUUCUCCGAGAGUGGGCAACAAAGAAUUUUCCGACAGAAUCAACGGACAUAAUAAUGUGAGGAUACUUCACGUGAAAAACGAAACUGAUCUUAUCACUCGUUAUCCAGCUAAGAUAAUGGGGUACGUCAACAUUGGGACCAAACUCAAGAUCGAUACAAGAGCGAUGUUACAUGUAGUAGCGGGAUGGAACGGGAAGAAUGGGAAGUACGAGAUGAAAGUGAACCGGAACAUAGCAUUGGUUAACAAAUCGUGUGCACUAUUGAAAGAUGAAUGUUUGGUUCCCGAGUGUUGGUGGGUCGAGAAGAACAAAGGCAUGCUCAAGACCGAGGAUGGUCAUUGGGUCAUGGCCACUCCCGACGACGAAGACAUGCCCGUCGUCGAGUUUGAUUAG